GGAUUUUUCGGAGAUGACCAAUAGACAUAACAACAGAACACAACAUACCAACAACAACUCUCCAUAGUCUUUCCAUAUUAUAUUUUUGGUCACUCUUUUUCUUACCAACUGCUGUGUUUCCUUUUCACGUCAAAAAGUAAUGGAGAAUUCUGGGGAUACAUUCAACAUCAACAACAAUGGAGUAGUAGUAGUAGAUUCAACCCUCCUCCAUAUCAACAGAUCAUCACACCUUCUUCUUCUUCUUCCAUGGUUUGAAGUGAGAGUUUUCUAUGUCAGAAUCAAUAAUAUCUCUUCCAAUGAUGACGAUUCAUCUCCAAAAUGUCUAACUGUAAACCAUAUCCCUCUAAGCCCAGAUGCCCUCCUCGAAGUUAAUGGCGUGAGAUGUGGGAUCAUGUAUUCGGAAUCUGUCCCCACUUUCCAGUUAAUUAGAAGAAGACGAUCAGUAGUAAUUGCUGAUCAUCAUCAUAAGAAGAAAUCCCAAGAAGAGGCCACAUUUGUUAGUACAGACAGAAUAAGGUUUACGGGUAGCAUCAGAUUCGAGGUUUUCAAUAAGGAUGAGCUCAUCCUUUCUGGGGUCUUAGAGAUGACGAGCAAAACCAAGAGAUGGAAUAUGAAGUGUGAAGAUCAUCAUGCAGGUGGAAAUGGGUUCUUCUUUAAACAACAUGAGGCGGCGCCCACUAUGGAAGUUUUUGUGGCCGGUUCUUUCUCUGGUUCGCCAGUUAUACUUACAAAGACUGUCCGCAUCCUCCGCAACAAGAACAAUAUCAGGAAGGAGUUGUUAGAUUCGAUUCCCGAGUUCGAAACCAGUUAUGACACUACUACUGCUCACAAACAAGACCUAAUCCAUCAUCAUCAUCACCAUCCUCUACAGGUAACAAACAUAAUCAAGCCAAAGAAACAGUUUUUUUGUUAUGUUCAUCAUAGAUGA